GCAGAGGUCAGAGCUCAGAGUGCAGGCGGACCGCGGAGAGACACGCUCAGUUCAUCUACAGGAGGAUGGAGGUGGAGAACCGACCCAACGGAUUUGACUUCUCCAAACGGGACAAAUUACUGAGCAGCGGUUUUUAUGAAGAGAACUCCCUUCAGGACGACACAGAGGACGGAGGUGAGCGCUGGUGUCUGAUCUGUGGGGACCGGGCAUCCGGGCUGCACUAUGGCAUCAUUUCCUGUGAGGGGUGUAAGGGCUUCUUCAAACGCAGUAUUUGCAACAAGCGCAUCUACCGCUGCAACAGAGACAAGAACUGCCAGAUGUCCCGCAAGCAACGCAACCGCUGUCAGUACUGCAGACUGCAGAAAUGCCUUCAGAUGGGAAUGAACCGCAAGGCAAUCAGAGAAGACGGGAUGCCAGGAGGGAGAAACAAAAUGACUGGGCCUGUACAGAUCUCGCUGGAGGAGAUCGAACGAAUCAUGUCUGGCCAGGAGUUUAAAGAAGGAGCUGAACUAUCAGAUAGGUGGAGCCACGGCUACAGUAACCACAGUUCACCUGGCAACAGUAUCUCCGAGGGCGGUCAGACCUUAUCUUUUUCCGCGCUGUCAACCAGCCGUUCUGUGGAUGUGAGCACAUACCCUGCAUCCUGUAGAGAUCAGUGCAGCAGUCCUCAGCUGACACACUCUUUCCUGUUGUGUAAAUAUCCUUUACCGCCCUCUACUGGCAGCAGCCUGAAGACGCAAUUGCACACACUGUCAACCCAGCUACUUGCUGCUGAAGAUCUCACACCUCUCACUACACCCAUGGUCAUAGAAGAGGGGUAUAAUGUGACUCAAUCGGAGCUGUUGGCUCUGCUGUGCCGUAUAGCUGAUGAGCUGUUAUUCAGACAGAUUGUCUGGCUGAAGCGUUUACCCUUCUACAGCAAUCUGUCCAUCAAAGACUGCACUCGUUUACUGGGGGCUUCCUGGCAUCAGCUCAUCCUGCUCUCCUCACUCACUGUGCACAGCGGACAGAUACUGGGAGAACUGGCCAACAUCACACACCAGUACACACCGUCAAGCCUAACACUACAGGGGUUUGGUGAGGAUGCUAUGGAGGUCAUGGAGAGUUUAAAUUUUCUCUUCCGUAAGUUUCAUCAACUAAAUAUCAGCAGUGAGGAGUACAGCUGCUUAAAGACCAUCACCCUGCUCAAUAAAGAUAUGGCAGGUUUGUGCAACAUAUCCACACUGGAACAGUUGAGUGAACGUUACUGGUCCGUGUGUCGUGACCUGACAGAACGACUCUACCCUCGUCGACCCAAACGCUUCUCUGACAUCAUCACCUGCCUUUCCGAGAUACGCCACACCUCAGGUAAGAUGAUGGCCAUUCCAUUGGAGCAGCUCCCACUGCUGUUUAAGGCGGUACUGUACUCCUGCACAACCAAUCAAAACCCCUGGCUAGCCAGCAUCUCCACCUCCAAGACAUAAGCCAUGACUCCAACUAGUGUUUUAGUCCCCCCCCCCCGCAAUGUAUUUAUUACAUGACAAAGUUGAAUGUAAAACUCUUAACAGAUUUGUGUGUGAUUUCGAAGUGUACCAAAUGUAGCGAUUUACCAAAUUAGAUUUCAAGAUGCCUGCAAAGAUUACCCCAGGAACAUGACUUUUGAAGGUAAAAGCCUUUGGAAAACCACAAACUCUAUGACCAUUGUGUUAAUGAUUAAAAUUAAAAGAAAAACCACAAAUGAACGCACUGCAAGCCAUUGUUGAAUAAUGCAGCCUCUAGCUAUGAUAUGAAAUGUCCUUGUGUUACAGGAUGUCACUGAUAAAAUAUGCCUGAUAAAAUAGUGAAGAUGCCAAGGUGCUGAAUUUCAUUAAAAAAAAAACAAUGUUUCUUAUUCAGAUGAUAGCUACAUUUGAGCUAUAGAGAUUUAAAUAGUCAAAAUGAUCAUCCGCAGCUCACAAGUUUGAGUACCAAAGCUUAGUGUGCCACAAUAUACAUGCUGUUGACCAUAAUUUUUUCAGGAUGGAGACUUCCGGUAAUCUUUGAGCCAGUUGCCGGGGUAACGAAAUGCAAUAAGCACACUCUUUAUCCCAGGUGUGUGUGUGUGUAUUUCCUCUCACACAUGUCUUCAAGGAAGUGUGAAUGUUUGAACAGGGUUUAUGUGUUUGUAUUUUGGCGUAGUUGUAGAUUUGUUGGAAAUGUAAUUCCUCAUUUCAUUGUUUUGAUCAUUUUUAUUCCCGUUUUUGAACAUGUUAUUAUGUGUUUUACCUGUUACCAGAGGAGCCAUUUCUCAGGAAGGCCAGAGGGUUGAGUUUGAUGAAACCUCAUCGUGUUGUACAGAGGAACAUUCCAAAUAUUACUAAACAUUGGAAUUUCAUGUGGUUUUAACCUUCCAUUCCUUCUUUGAAAGGUUACAUUUCUGUUUUUAGCCACAGCAGCAGACAAUGAGAGGGUUGAGUAUAGCGGCACGUUCGAGGAUAGCAUGCGAGGGUCGCUCUGAUAGAUAGUGGAGAAGGGGGGUAAUCAUUUUCUUUGUGCGUGCCAUGUUUCUCUCUGUUUUUUUAUCAUCUGAGGCCUUGAAGUGUGUCUGUAAUUGAUUACAUAAAGACCGGGCGAAAACGGACUGUAUCGCUCAGCUGUCUGUCCUUCUGUUGAUAUUCAUUGUUCAUCUGUUUAGCAUCGUAUUUUUCUUCUCUGCAUUUGAAUGUUUACAGCAUUUAAAAUUACAUUGUACCUAUUUUUGUUUCAUAAAG